GUUGCGUGCGUUGUCCAGGGCAGCUCCAGUCCAGCACGCGCCUCAGCGGAUCAGAGGAGGCCGCCCCGCGUGUCAGGCCAGUGGGGAGAUCAGGCGUCCUCGCCCUCGCCCCGCCCCCUUCAUCGCUGUCGCCACGAAAAUGGGGCGUGGUGCAAAACGCCGGUGAAGCAGGUGGACACUAUCAUUGGCUGAUGAGUCGCGUGACGCAAUAGCGUGCCAUCGUUCUAUCCCGUCUGAGAGAGUCAAGCCGCGGAUCCGCUGCCGCGAAGCCCGUCGUUGGCGCUGCUCCUGGAGGCUGCAGGUCCUCUUCCCCUCAGGUCCCCCCCGGUCCUUCAUCACGCUGCCCUCCAGGAUGCUGUCUGGCUUGUUCCGCGUGCACGGCCACUGGGUGGCGUCCCACCCGUGGGAGGUGAUAGUUGGCACCAUCACACUCACCAUCUGCAUGUUGUCCAUGAACAUGUUCACUGGCAACGAUCGGAUCUGCGGCUGGAACUUCGACUGCCCUACGACGGAGGAGCAAGUCCUCAGCAGCGACAUCAUCAUUCUGACCAUCACACGCUGCAUCGCCAUCAUCUACAUCUACCUGCAGUUUCAGAACCUAAGACAGCUGGGAUCCAAGUAUAUUUUGGGCAUCGCCGGCCUCUUCACCAUAUUUUCCAGCUUCGUGUUCAGCACGGUGGUGAUCCAUUUCCUGGACCGAGAGCUGACCGGUCUGAACGAGGCGCUGCCUUUCUUCCUUCUUCUCAUCGACCUGUCAAAAGCUUGUGCUUUGGCCAAGUUCGCCCUGAGCUCCAACUCUCAGGAUGAAGUGAGGGACAACAUUGCACGUGGCAUGGCGGUACUGGGCCCGACCUUCACCCUGGACGCCUUGGUGGAGUGCCUGGUCAUUGGAGUGGGGACCAUGUCAGGGGUGCGGCAGCUGGAGAUCAUGUGCUGCUUUGGCUGCAUGUCGGUUUUGGCCAACUACUUUGUGUUCCUGACCUUCUUCCCUGCUUGUGUGUCGCUGGUGCUGGAGCUGUCGCGGGAGAGCCAGGAGGGCCACCCCAUCUGGCAGCUGAGCAACUUCUCCCAGGUGAUUGAGGAAGAAGAAGAUAACAAGCCCAACCCAGUCACACAGAGAGUGAAAAUGAUCAUGUCUCUGGGCCUGGUCAUGGUUCACGCCCACAGCCGAUGGAUCGCUGAGCCCUCCUCUAUCAACCUGAAGGUGGGGAUCCCAGACGUGGGACUGACUCUCGAACGGCUGUCUCCGCGGAGGAUUGAGCCUCAGGCACCACUGUGGCACUUCUACCUCACCAGGAUGGUCACCAUGGACGUGGAGCAGGUGAUCUGCCUGACCUUGGCCCUGCUCUUGGCUAUCAAAUACAUCUUCUUCGAGCAAGCAGAGAUGGAGUCGACACUUUCAUUAAAGAACCCCAUGACCAUGUCCUCCACGCCCCUCAUCCAGCCCCGGGCCACAGAGUCCUGCUGCAGGACGGAGCCGCCUGUCGUGACCAAAGACAAAGCAAAUGUGUCUCCCACACCCAUCGAACCUGAGGCUCAGCCCAAGGGUGGUUUCGUCCUCGGUGGUGAAGAAGAGAUGAUCCCCAGUGUGGUUCAGACUAACAUCCCCCUGCAACCCCGAGGACUAGACGAGUGUGUGGCCAUCUUUAAAGACCCAGAGAUGGGCCCGAGUUUCCUCAGUGAUGCGGAAAUUCUGCUGCUGGUGGAAUCCAAAGUCAUUCCUGCCUACAAGCUGGAGGCCCUGAUGGAGACCCCCGAGAGAGGAGUGGCCAUUCGAAGAAUGUUCAUCUCAAGAAAGCUUCCGUUCCCCUCCGCCUUGUCCUCACUGCCCUUCACUAACUACGACUACUCCAAGGUGAUGGGCACCUGCUGUGAGAAUGUCAUCGGCUUCAUGCCCGUUCCUGUCGGUGUCGCCGGACCGCUGCAUCUGGAUGGAAAGCAGUUCCAAGUUCCAAUGGCAACCACCGAGGGCUGCUUGGUAGCCAGUACCAACCGGGGCUGCCGCGCCAUCGCUUUGGCAGGCGGUGCCGACAGUCGUAUCCUGGCCGACAGCAUGACCCGUGGGCCCGUGGUCAAGCUCCCGUCAGCCUGCAUGGCUGCGGAGGUCAAAGCCUGGCUGGAGAGCUCUGAGGGGUUUCAGGCAGUUAAGGAGGCUUUCGACAGCACGAGCAGGUUUGCUCAGCUCCAGAGGUUACUUGUCGGUCAAGCAGGAAGAAAUCUCUACAUCCGCUUCCACUCUAAAACAGGCGAUGCUAUGGGGAUGAACAUGAUCUCCAAGGGUACAGAGCAGGCCCUGCAGCUCCUGCAGCAGCACUUCCCUGACCUCCAGCUGCUGGCCGUCAGUGGGAACUUCUGCACCGAUAAAAAGCCUGCUGCCAUCAAUUGGAUUGAAGGCAGAGGGAAGUCAGCAGUUUGUGAGGCAGUCAUUCCUGCUAAAGUGGUCCAACAGGUUUUAAAGACGACGACGGCAGCGCUGGUGGAGGUCAACAUCAAUAAGAACUUGGUGGGCUCCGCCAUGGCCGGCAGCAUCGGAGGCUUCAAUGCUCAUGCUGCUAACUUGGUGGCUGCCAUCUACAUUGCCUGUGGUCAGGAUCCAGCCCAGUCGGUCGGCAGCAGUAAUUGCAUCACUCUGAUGGAGGCGUCCGGACCUACAGGAGAGGACCUCUAUAUCAGCUGCACCAUGCCCUCCAUAGAGCUGGGCACCGUGGGAGGGGGCACCAAUCUGCCCCCCCAACAAGCCUGUCUUCAGAUGCUGGGCGUGCAGGGAGCCAGCAAGGAAUGUCCCGGAGAUAACGCCCGUCAGUUUGCCAGGGUGGUGUGUGCCACUGUGCUGGCCGGAGAACUCUCGCUGAUGUCAGCUUUGGCAGCCGGGCACCUGGUCAAGAGUCACAUGAUACACAACAGGUCAAAGGUCAACCUGCAGGAGACACCAGGAACAUGCUCAGGGAAGGCCUCCUGAGAGGAUCUGCAGAACAGAGGGACGCACAGCAGUGACUCUAUAGCACACCUGAGGACACCACCCGUGCUGAUGUUGUUGUUUUGUAAUCUUCCUUGAUGCCAGGAAUGAAUACAAACCAAUCUCUCUCACUGCGUGAGGACCUUUAUUUAUUUGUCCUGUUUGCUGUUGUGAGAGGAAGAAAUGAGUCAGUGGAGGUGUAAUAUGGGGGGGGGGACAAAUGUAAAUGAUGUAAUAUAGAAAACACAACAUUUAUUUUUAGACUCUUCAUAAAUCUAUUCAAAUGAUGAUCUGUUGACCUGUGCAAAAGUUACAUGUACAACGAUUGCGAGGAGCAUUAUUGCAAAAUAAUCUCACUAUUUUUCCAACUUAUUUUGUGAAGAAACAUUUUCAUGAAAAGGUUCACUGAUGAAAAACUAUUGUGAUGUAAUUCACCCAUGAAAUGGAAGAGAAAAUCAAGCCAAAUCACAAUAAAUGUU